AUGUGUCAGUCUAAGAAUAAGUCGCCUCCAGGCGAAUCACCGACGCAACGGAUUCAAAGAUUAGAAGUACUCGUAUUAUCACAAAUAUCGAAACUUGAUGCCAUGGAAAAAGAAAACGUCGAAUUGAAGCGUAUAAACAACGAUUUAUUGGAGAAAGUUGGAGAAAUGGAGAAAAAAAUCCAACACUUGGAAAAUGAUGCACGUGAAAGAGAAGCAAAAUUUGGAGACAGUGAUUCGAACUCUCCUCCACUUAUCAAGAAACACCAAAAUGUUUUUUUGGAAAAGGCCCCAGGUCGAACAUACACGGUCGUAUACGACGGUAAAUCGCCGUAUUACAUGGCUCCGUAUUACGAUCGUAAAUCUCCGUGCCGUAUACGGCGCUUUACGGUCGUUUUUGAUCGUAUUUCACCGUAUUACGACACGGAGAUUUACGAUCGUAAUACGGCCAAAUACGGCGAUUUACCGUCGUAUACGGCAGAAUACGGCCCGUAUUUCACCGUAUACGGACGUCGUAAAGCUCGUCCUGGGGGACAAUCAAAUCUCUUCACUUGUGUUUUUUUUGUUGUCGAUUAA